UGAUUUCACUGUUGUUUCUGACAAAGAUUCACCAAGGAAACACACAACAAAACCAAAGAAAAAAAAACAGCUUUCAUAGUUUGAUUUCAUUUCCAAUUACAAAACAAAGACAACUCUUCCUGUCUUCCUACUAUUAAAUGAUCUCUCUCUCUCUUUCUCAAGAACCGGUAAACACAUCCCAUCCAACAUUUCACUAUCCACUCUCUUCCCAAUCCUCCCGUUAACUCUUCCUUUCCAUCCUCUUCAUAUAAUUCAACCUUUUCUUUGCUUACUCAGCUCACUUUCCCACAAUUUUUUUUAUUUUUUGUUUUUCUUUGUCUUCGUUGUGUCAGAGCUUGCUGCUUGGCUGAAGGGUCUUUUCUAUUUUCUUUUAUCUCUCUGUGUUUAUGUAUACAUUUUUUAUUUUUAUUUAAUUUUUUUGGGUGGGGGGGUGUCUGCAAAACACAUGUGGGGUUUUAUUCUUUGCCUCCCUUUAAAGGGUAGUUCUUGAUGGUUUUUUGGAUCUGUAAUCCGUGAUUUUUGGGAUGGGUUUAUUGUUUUAAAACUGGGAGAGCAAUACAAAUCAAAGACUUUGGGUAGUACUUUAAUGUAGGCAAAGGCUUGUCCUUUGUAACUUCUUUCUUUUCUUUUCAGCUAUGAAAGGUUUGGUUUCUUAAGCUUUUUUAGCUUACUUAAAAUGUGGGAUUUUCAAAAGGGUUUCUUUUUGUUUGGUCAAUAGAUGGUAGUUGUUCAUUUCUUGCUUUAAAAAAGGGUGGUUUCAAAACAUGGGAUCUGGAAAUGGAUUUUUCUCAACUCAAGAGUUCAAUUUAGAUGCUAAGUGGUUGAUUGAUCCUCAGCAGCUUUUUGUUGGUCCUAAAAUUGGAGAAGGAGCUCAUGCUAAAGUAUAUGAGGGAAAAUACAAGAAUCAGAAUGUUGCUAUUAAAGUUGUGCGAAGAGGGGAAACCCCUGAAGAGAUUGCAAGGAGAGAAGGAAGGUUUGCAAGGGAAGUUGCUAUGUUAUCCAGAGUUCAACACAAAAAUCUAGUGAAGUUUAUUGGAGCUUGCAAGGAGCCUGUCAUGGUGAUAGUAACCGAGCUCCUACUAGGUGGGACGUUGCGUAAAUACCUUCUCAAUAUGCGGCCUAAGUGCUUGGACAUGCGUGUAGCUUUUGGGUUUGCACUUGAUAUUGCUCGUGCAAUGGAAUGCUUACACUCCCAUGGGAUCAUUCAUAGGGACCUGAAACCUGAGAACUUGAUCUUGACUGAAGAUCAUAAAACAGUUAAACUAGCUGAUUUUGGUUUAGCCAGGGAAGAGUCAUUAACAGAAAUGAUGACUGCUGAAACGGGGACAUAUCGUUGGAUGGCUCCAGAGCUUUAUAGCACGGUCACAUUAAGGCAUGGAGAGAAAAAGCAUUACAAUCAUAAGGUGGAUGCGUAUAGCUUUGCUAUUGUGUUGUGGGAACUUAUCCAUAACAAGUUGCCUUUCGAAGGCAUGUCAAAUUUACAAGCGGCAUAUGCAGCUGCUUUUAAGAAUGUUAGGCCAAGUGCUGAGGACCUUCCAGAAGAUUUGGCAUCAAUUGUGACAUCAUGUUGGCAAGAGGAUCCAAAUGCUCGGCCCAAUUUCAGCCAAAUCAUACAGAUGCUAUUACACUAUCUCUCAACCAUUUCACCACCAGAGCCUGUGAUGAUGCCUCCUAAGAGAACAACUUCUGAGAAUGCUGUAUUGCCACCAGAGUCUCCUGGCACAAGUUCAUUGAUGGCUGCUAGAGAUGACAGGCCAAGAGGUUUCUUCUUCUGCUUUGACCAGUGCUGCUGAUCCCUCAAAGGCACAAUUUCACAUUGACGGUAUCACAGAUUAAUCUUUAGGAGAGUUCAAUAAGGUAAUUAGUCCCAGAUAUUAGACAGAAUGCAAUCUUGGUAACAAAAAAAAGUUGUCAAAUCUCAUCAGAUUAGUUUAGUUCAGUUAUAUGACAGAAAGCUGUCUGCUAUCUGAUGUAUCUGUUAACUUUGCAUACUGCUUUACAUUAAUUUUAUUAGCAUGUGCCCUAACUAAAGAUGGAUCAAGAACCUUGUGGGGGGGGGGUAGGGGUUGCUGUGAUGGAAAUAUCAAUGUAAAUAAGGUGCAUCCAAAUGCCUUUGCUCCUGUUUUCUUCUCUAGAAUUUGCAUGAGCAUGUUGGUCAAGGAAUGUUGGAAAAUUUGGCAUGGCUUUUGCCAUCCACCAGGAGAUUAAUUUCAUUGAAUCAGUGUGGCUUUACAUAUGCUGAAUCCAAACA